AUGCCAGAUGUUCAAUAUGAAAUACGAUUAAGAAAUCAUGAUGUAAUUGAAAGACCUAGAGAAAUCCAUGGAUUUAAAGAUAAAUCACUUGAGAAUUUUCCAAUAUCACCAUGUGGACAAUAUAUUGCAUUUGUUGGAAAUAAUGGAUAUAUAAUAUUGAUAGUUUAUCAAUAUUUCACAGAUCAAUUUCAUUUACCAUCUCUUAAUGCAUUUCCAAAUUGGCCAACUUUUCCAACUCCAUUAAGUUUUGUUCAAUAUUUUGAUUUUUCACCUGCUAGUGGUUAUUUAACAGUUGCAACAAUAAAGAUAAAUAUCAUAUAG